UAAUGACAUUAAAUUUAGCAAACACUACCCUUCAGAAUUAAAAUCACGGAUACCAUUAUUAUUUCACUAAAUUCAAAGCUACCGUCCCCCCAAAAAAGCAGACUCGUGGAAAGUACUACUCGCAGUAGAAAACAUGGGUGUUGGGAUUUUGAUUUCCCGCCGAAAUUAAACAAAAACCCUGCUUCCAUUUUCUUCUUCCUCACCCCGUUUCUUCCCUGAGACCCACACAGUUGCAAUUCCCAACCAACAAAAUGAGUUCUCCUAUGGAGACGGAGCAAAACCCUCCAACCGAUCAAAACGGCGCCGCUUCCCAACACUCACCUCCACCUCCUCUCCCACCGGAGGACAAAGUUCUUGUGCCCAUCGAGGUUUGCUUAAAACCUUCAAGUACAGUUUCCAUUCACGAUGUCCGUUCAGCCAUUGAGGGGAUGCUUGAAAAGAGGAGUUUGAGCUAUAAUGGCGGACCAAUUCCUGUUCCCCUCGACGAGCCCUUUCUUGCUGAUAAUGUGCAAAGAAUUUGCGUUUGUGAUGCAGGUGAAGGGAUGCAAAAUGAUAAUGUUCUUUUGUUCUGGCAAGUCAAGCCGGUUGUACAUGUCUUUCAGCUUAGCGAGGAAGGACCCUGUGAGGAUAUCAGCUCUGAUGGCCAGUCUUCUAGCUUCAAUGAAUGGAUUCUUCCUGCAAAAGAAUUUGAUGGCAUGUGGGAAAGCCUGAUAUAUGAAUCUGGUCUAAAGCAAAGGUUGUUGCGGUAUGCAGCGAGUGCUUUGCUCUUCACGGAAAAGGCUGUUGAUCCGUUCCUUGUUUCAUGGAACCGCAUAAUUCUUUUGCAUGGACCCCCUGGAACUGGAAAGACGUCUUUAUGUAAAGCAUUAGCUCAGAAGCUAUCAAUUCGAUUCAAUUCGAGAUACACACAGGCCCAGCUUGUUGAAGUGAAUGCACAUUCUUUGUUCAGUAAAUGGUUCUCUGAAAGCGGCAAGCUGGUAGCAAAGCUUUUCCAAAAGAUUCAAGAAAUGGUAGAGGAAGAAAGCAAUCUGGUAUUUGUUUUGAUUGAUGAAGUCGAAAGCCUCGCUGCUGCUAGAAAAGCUGCUUUGUCUGGUUCUGAACCUUCAGAUUCUAUUCGGGUUGUCAAUGCAUUAUUAACUCAGAUGGAUAAGCUUAAAUCAUCUCCAAAUGUGAUAAUUCUAACCACAUCCAACAUUACCGCUGCUAUCGAUAUUGCUUUUGUUGACCGAGCUGAUAUCAAAGCAUAUGUUGGUCCACCAACUCUUCAAGCUCGAUAUGAAAUAUUAAGGUCUUGCUUGCAGGAACUCAUGCGUACAGGGAUAUUAACUAGUUUUGAGGACUGUAAGAAUACCGUACUUCCAAAUUAUGCUAGUGCAAAACAAAGGAUGAAUGCACCCAAUUUUCAUGAGGCUACUACAUCCAUGCAACUGUGCAAGCAACUAGUUGAAACUGCAGAGGCAUGCGAGGGAAUGAGUGGAAGGUCUCUCAGAAAGCUUCCAUUUUUGGCACAUGCUGCACUUGCAAAUCCUUUUGAUUGCAACCCUAUCAAGUUCUUAAGUUCAAUGGUAGAUACAGCAAAGAGGGAACGUUCUGAGCUUCCCGAUUAAUGGGUUACAAUGCACCUUGAAAAAGUUGGGUGACUUGGCUUCACUUGCUAACCAAAACGGGAAAAGGGAAUCACAUCUUGUCUGGUUGGUCCUAGCUGCUAUUGGAUUUCAAUUUGAAUUUGAAGCUUCAAGAUCAAAUUGUCUUUCACGCAAAGUUUUGAUAUGACAGACCGUUCCCAUGAAAAUGACACCCGGGACCUGGACAAGUAGUGGUUGGCAACGACUAGGGGGGAAGUGAUGAAGUUCACAUUAUCCUAUUUGCUAAAACAAAUGUAAGCUGAAUUCAAUUAUUAUACAAUAUCUGGCAAUUAUAUUGUUGAAAGAUUCUACUAAAGUAGCUGGUUAAAUUCUUCAACAUAAAUAGUAAUUGAUGAAGUCAGUGAAUGGAUUCUCAUAAUCAGAGUCCAAAGUAUUCAUUCAUUACAGCACAUGAAGAAGAUACAUAUAUUAAUCAACAUGCCACUACAUACAUGCUUUCACUUUUUC